AAGUCAGCGGGUGAAGCAACUGGUAGGUCACGUGACCUGCUCUCGCUUUAUAGGUGUGUGCGCGCGUGUCAUGUAUUUCCGCAUUGGAUGAGAGGCGCUCACACGGUAGAGUGUUCUUCCAGCGUGUCCGCCUCUCUAGUCUUCACGGUGGCCGCGGACCCAGUCUACCUCGGCCGCCAUGCUGACGCGGGUGAAAUCCGCCGUGGCCACCUUCAUGGGAGGCGUGAUGCCCGGCGGCGGCGGCGAUACCUCCGGUGCCUCGGAUGUGCCGUCCAAAUUCCCGUAUAGCAGACCGGAGUUCCUGGGGCUGUCCCCGGACGAGGUGGAGUGCUCGGCGGAUCACUCUGCCAGACCCAUCGUCACCAUGAAGGAGAGCAAGAGUCUGCCGUGGUCCACCGGAUAUGCAGAGGUGAUCAACGCAGGGAAGAGCACUUUGAAUGAGGACCAGGCUUGCUGCGAGGUGCUCGUGGUCAAGAGAAGACCACCAGGGAGCUCCCCAGCGUCCAGCCGGGGCCUCGUGGCCCGCCGGAGGUCCUCGCUGCCGAACGGAGAGGGUCUGGGCCUCAGGGAGGACCUGGUCAACGCGGACAACCUGACCUUCCACUACUGGGCGCUGUUCGACGGUCACGCCGGUUGCGGUGCGGCCGUGGUGGCAUCACGCCUUCUCCAUCACCACAUCGCCCUGCACCUUCAGGAGGUCAUGGACAUCCUGUGCACGCCCGACCUCCAGCCCCCAACCUGCCUGAGUGAGGAACCCGCCCGUCACAACCUCGUCCCGACGUCGCAGCGGGCCCUCACCAGGGCCGUGUCUCUACGAGGGGCGGCAGGGGCACCGGCCUCGCCCAGUGCCCCGCCCACCCGCUUCUUUGCCGAGAAGAAAGUGUCGCAAGAGAGCCUGGUGGUUGGUGCCAUUGAGAAUGCUUUCAAGGACAUGGAUGUCCAAAUAGAGAAGGAGAGGGCCGUCUACAACAUAUCGGGAGGCUGCACAGCUCUGGUGGUUGUCUACGUGCUCGGUAAAAUCUACGUGGCCAACGCCGGCGACAGCAGAGCCGUCAUCAUCCGGGGAGGGGAGGUCACCCCGAUGUCAAGAGAGUUCACACCGGAGUCAGAGAGGCGGCGACUGCAGUUCCUGGCGUACAUGCAGCCUCACUUGCUGGGAAACGAGUUCACGCAUCUGGAGUUCCCCAGAAGAGUGCAGAGGAAGGAGGUGGGGAAGAGGAUGCUGUACCGUGACUUCACCAUGUCGGGAUGGGCGUACAAAACCAUCCAAGAUGAGGACCUGAAGUUUCCCCUCAUUUACGGCGAAGGCAAGAAAGCUCGCGUGCUGGCGACCAUCGGGGUCACAAGAGGCUUUGGCGACCACAGCCUCAAAGUCCACGACUCCAACAUCUCCAUCAAGCCUUUCCUCUCCUGUUGUCCAGAGGUCCAAGUGUACCCGCUGGCACAGCACCAACACGGUGCAGACGACGUCCUGGUUCUAGGGACCGACGGGCUGUGGGACGUCCUCUCCAACCAGGAAGUGGCCGAGGCCGUCACCUGUUUCCUGGCCAACUGCGACCCCGACGACCCACACAGGUACACCAUGGCCGCCCAGGAGCUGGUCAUGAGAGCUCGCGGCGUGCUCAGGGAUCGAGGCUGGAGAAUCUCCAACGACAGAUUGGGGUCCGGAGACGACAUCUCGGUCUACGUCAUCCCGCUCGUGCACGGAAACGUGCAAGACUAAAUCACAAACUUUCUCGUCCCAUGUGGCUCCUUCUGACAUUUCUCCCACGCCGUGUUGUAUGAAGCCAUAUUGUACUCGAUUGGAUUCUGAUUUCUACUACUCGUAGUAAUGCACAAUAUUUCAAAAUGUGAACUUGUAAAUACAUGGUUUUCAUAUUUGUACGUUUUAAAAAAAACGAGCUGAAACUUUUACAGUGCAGACAAACCAACAUGAAUGACACUUAGUGAUGAGAAACGUCUCAUUUCUCAUCAGGUCAUGCUGUAAUGACAAAGUUUGGCCACUCUGGCUAAGUGGCAGUUGUAAAAUCUACCUUUGUAUCUCAUGUUUACUUUUUUUUAAAUUAUUUAAGAAUGAAAAAGGGCCAGCCACCCCAUAUUCCUGUUCCUUUUUCCUUCUGUAGUUUCAUCUCAUGUAAAUAAUGGUGUCUUUCUGUACAUGUACAUUUUGUACAUCUUUAGAUGUCUGUUGUGUGGUGGAAGGGUUUCCUACCAGAAUUAAACUUUUUUUUUUUUUUAAUUAAAACUGCUCAGUCACAUCAUACAAAGAGCUGUUUCUAAUAUUUUGACCCGCUUAUGUGGCCAAAUAAGGUAACACGACAGCAGUAAACAU